UUGGUCGAUGUUGAUUGAAAAUAAUUGCCAGAAAGCUGGCCAUUUCUUCGGAUCUCCAUUGAAUGGCUCCAUUUUGAGCUCUGGUAAACGUGUGUCUGGUAAUAAAGGAGUGUCCUUGACCUUGUUUUCUCCAAUGCUUUGUUCUUCUUGAGUUCGACUUUGAAUGCGUUGUGACUCUCGUGUUCGUUCACUACGCUCACUAGCCUCUGUAAUUCUUUCCUCCAUUUCCAAAAGGAGGAAGUCUAACUCGCCUAUAAUUCCUCGGGCCUGUUCUGCGAAGUCCAUGAAAUGGACCCACACUUGUCCUUCCUGUACAUUAGGAGGAAACGUAUUGUACAGCUGCUCCUCAGCUUCCAAAUCUCCUCCAUCCAGGAGAUCAAUAAAUCCUGUCCACUCGUGAUCGAGAGUUUCUAUUCGCUCAAGUGUGCGAAUCAACUGAUGUCUUUCAGCCCGGAGGCGUGCCGGGUUUUGUGCUUCUUGUUCAUUACCCAAAAGGGUGGUUGCCGCGAUAAUAUGAUCCUUGAGGGCUCUCAGAGCUAGCCCAAUUUUCCUUCGAAUAUGUCCUGAAGAUGGCAUUGUGAUA